AUGAUGAUGUUAAAGAGGCAAAUAUUACAGAAACCGCUUAUAUUAAGGUCAUUUAGAAGAGAAAUCUCCACAUCUACCCCUGACAGCACCAACCAAGUGCCACCACCACCAUCACCACCAUCACCAUUAACGUCCGAAUCAUGUACAAAAUUUGCCCCAUUGAAAGAGUCAGCUAAGACGCUUCGUCAUCUUCGAUUCACUGUUCCAUAUGACUAUCAUGAAGCUCAUAAAAUUCAAACGGAAUUCGUUUCUGCCUUUUUAGAUUUCAAAAAAAUGGCAUCCAAGAUUGAUAGAAGUAAUAGAGAAUUAGCUAGUAAAGGUCUUGAGAGUAAUGAUUAUGAAAAAAAGAUUGUACAAGCUAUCUUGGAGAACAAACCACCACCAACUGUCCUAUCAUUUGAAUUUAAACCAAUUUUCACAGCUGGCCAACGUGAAAAGAAAAGACUAAGUGGUGAAGAUAUUGCAAAAUUGAAAAACACAGGAUAUGAUUUUGUUCAAACUGAUAGAGGUGGUGAAAUCACAUUCCAUAACCCAGGCCAAUUGGUGGUGUAUCCUAUAAUAGAUCUUAGAGACUUCAAAAAUUUGACUGUCAAGUGCUUUGUGUCGUUGAUUGAAGAUACUGUUAUCAAGAUGUUGAGCAAACAUAAUAUUCAUGCAAAGAAAACUGAGAAUACUGGGGUUUGGAUUGAUGAAAACACCAAAAUCUCAAGUAUUGGAUUACAAGUUAGAAGAGCAGUGACAUUCCAUGGUGUUUCUUUGAAUGUUAGAAAUGAAAUUCCAAAGAUUGAAGAUGCUGGAUUUGUGUUUUGUGGAUUACCUGGAAAGACUCAAACAACUAUGAAGGAACUAGGAACGGAUAUUACUAUUUCACAAGCUGCACGAGAAUUUGUUAGAGAAUUAGCAACAAAUUUGGGAGUUGAAAAAGUUGAAACUAUAGAAUUAGACAGUUUAGCACUACAUACAGAUGAUCCAGAUAGAGUUCAAUAA